AUGGAAGACGACGAUCGUUAUUACGAUGAGCUCGUCGACGGAAUUUCAGCGGACGAGUUAUUGGCGCUCGUGGACAAUGCCGAUGCGGCGGCAUCGCAGCAUCAGCUAGCCGCCAGCGCACCCCGCCAGCAGCCUAUCACCCCUCCACAGCACGCGUUAUACCAGUACAACUCCGGCGCGCAAACCUCCCAUGGUGAGCCCUCUGUCCUUCGGCCACCGUCCAAGCUGCUUCGGAAUCCGAUCAGCUUUGGCGACACAGAUACCCAAAAUCUCGACGCUGGGGUGUUGGACGACGGGGGCGGACCGUCCCCUGUGGACGAGCACCAUGCCGGAUUGCAAAAUGCACCAGAUCGCGCCGAAGAUGUCUUCUAUGGCAAGGGCGUGGCGGGAUCUCGCUCCGUUCAGGGGAUGGAAGCUGUUGCGGCACCCGAAGGACGUCCUGAGGCUCUUAGGAAAAGACUACCGCGCGCUGAAGACACUGAUCUUGGCAGUGAAAUGAUGCUGGUACCCGAUGAGAGCAAGCAUGGAAUCGAUGUCGAUGACCAAACCAUGGACGUGGACGACAUGAUGGACCAGAUCCGGCGGCUCACGAUGGAACGCGAGCAACUAUUCCAAGAGCUGGCUUCCGUGAAAACGGAGGCUGAAAAACGAGCUGGAGAGAUCGCUAUCAUACGAGCCAACCACAUAAAGGCGGAACAGAACCACAGCCGCCAAAUAAGUGCAUUGCAGAAUGCUCUAGAUGAAGAGCUGAAAAAACAUCAGGCCCAGAUAGACGCUGCUAUGACGGAGAGCAAGCGUAUGGCAACCGAAAACCAAUUUCUCAAGCAAGACUUACGGGAGGAGACACUUCGGCUCAACGAGAUACAACAAAAUAGGAAAGCCGUGGCUAAAGCCGACGAAGCGGUACCCACCACACCCAGGAAGCCGAGAAUGCUUCCUCUCCGUGAUGGGUUUGACGAUGACGAGAUAAUGGCGUCUCCGAGCAGGUCCGCCGGGCGAAGAUCGAAACGGGGGACUCCAUCUGCUGCGGGAAAGCGAAAACGGGCUGUAACGGACGACUCCCCUAUUACCGCUCCACUCCAGCUCAGCCAGUCCUUUGAAUCAAAUCUGAUGGAGGCAGCGCAGAUGGACCCCGUGGAUCUGGAUGCGCGACUGGUAAAGCCACCUAAAGAAGAUUACAACAUCAAAGUUGUUCGGAAAAUUCUGAACCACAAGUCCUACCCAUGCAAAGUUCGCGAUCUGGAGGCCUUUGCGAGCAUCUCGUUUCCAAAGGAGCCUGAACGGAUGUUCUCCUCCUAUAUCUUGCAAGCAACCACAACAAAGCCUUCAGAAAACUUUGCGGUGGAAUACGCAAAGGCCGUGAUCUCGCUAUGGGCUCGUUCGCUGAGAGAAUCAUUCUACGACCCGAUUUUCAUGUUUAUGUCAAUCAUCAAAUUCAUCCUGAAUCUGGACACUACCGCAAUUGCUCCUCUUCUUGUCAUCGACCUGCUGCCGGUGCUGCAUAACUCUGUCUACGUCAACGGGGUGCCGAGAUUUACUAACUCGCCAGUCUCUCAUCAGAGUUACGGGCAGAUAAAACAGACGCCCCAGAAGGAUCUGGAUCACCGGGUAAACGCUACAGAAGCACUUGAAAUCCUCUAUCUCACCGUCAGCGGAUGUUGCCAUGACCACGAUGCCCUUCGCCUCUUUUGGCAAUCAGUCGAUUACGACUUCAUCCUCAUAAUGUUGAACCCCUACCAACCAAUCAGGGACAUUAUCACCGUCCUCAAUAUCCUCUCGUGCAGUAUCCUGCCCACGUCAUUUGGACCCAUACUCAAAACCGAAGCAGAUCAACUUACAAACCAGAAGUACAUCAUCGACCGCCUUGCCAACCUGCUGCACGAGAAACCUGCCGUCGACGAAGGUGAGAAGCCCUACACGCCGUGGGAGGUUGCCACCCUGCGCAUGGAAGCCAUGUCAUUCCUGCUGGAGAUCGCAUUUUCCUGUCCCUCCCCGGACCCGCAGCGCAACCAGGCAGGUCGCAUACUCGCCACGCAUCCGAGCGCCUUGGCGCGGGUCUUCCGCGCCAUGCACGACGAGCUCGACGCGCUCUACUCGUAUCCUCCAGAACGGGAGCUACACGCUGCGCUCGUCAACGGUCUUACCCGUCUCGCUUACGGCAUCCUCACGAUGUUUCCUGACGAGGUCGACCUGUCGCCUAAACUGCGCGCUGUGCCUGGCGCGGUACAGAAACAUCUAGUGGUGUUGACGAGGUUAGCAUUUAGUGAAGGCCCGUUGUUGGAGAGUGGGAUUACGGAUGAUACGGUUGAGAUGGCCCAUGAGAUGUUGGAGGAUGCGGUUAAUCCACAGGAGGCGGAAGCGUUGCUGGAGGCGUUUAGGUCGUCGAAGGCUGGCGAGUAA